AUUUUGAAUUCUCUAUCUUCAUUCAAAGGAAGCAACUUUGAAGUGUGACAGCUCUGCCUCGACCCAACUGUGUUGAGUGUUUGGCCACCCUCAUUUGAGCCUCCUCCUCCUACUUGUACUGCUUCCUCUGCUCUAAAGUUUCAAACUUCAAAUAAUUAAAAGCCAUAAAUCGAUUAAAUAAAACUUGGGUUUGUGGGGAUAUCAAAGAGAAAGAGUGAAAGAUUUCAGCUUUCAGCUAAGCUCAGCUCAAUCCUUCAUCUUCUUCUUCUGGGUAGCUCCAAAAAUGUCGGGUUAUGUUGGCAUUCUGGUUUCAGAUCCAUGGCUACAGAACCAGUUCACCCAAGUCGAGCUCCGCAGCUUAAAAUCCCAUUUUGUGAGCAUGAAGAGGGAGAGUGGAAAGCUCACACUUGGAGACUUGCCUGCCAAGAUGUCAAGGCUCAAAGUUGUGGGAUCAGAGAAUCUCACUGACCAAGACAGGACUUCUUUCAUUCAAGAUUUGCAUCCCAACCUUGAUGAAGAUGUCGAUUUUGAAUUCUUCCUCAGGGUUUAUUUGAAACUCCAAGCUCAUGCCACUGCUACAACAGGAAGUGGUGGAAAGAACAACUCCUCAUCUGCUUUUCUCAAGGCUGCAACCACCACUUUGCUUCAUACAAUCAGCGAAUCGGAGAAGGCUUCUUAUGUUGCCCAUAUCAAUAACUACCUUGCACAGGAUGAUUUCCUAAAGAAAUACCUUCCUAUUGAUCCAUCAACCAAUGAUUUAUUCGAGAUCGUCAAGGAUGGAGUACUUCUAUGUAAGCUGAUCAAUGUGGCAGUGCCCGGGACAAUCGACGAACGGGCUAUCAAUACAAAGAGAGUACUCAAUCCGUGGGAGAGAAAUGAAAAUCACACUCUGUGCCUCAACUCAGCUAAAGCUGUUGGAUGCACUGUGGUCAAUAUAGGGACUCAGGAUUUCAUUGAAGGAAGGCGUCAUCUUGUUCUUGGAGUGAUUUCUCAGAUUAUCAAGAUACAAUUACUGGCAGACCUCAACUUGAAGAAAACACCUCAAUUGGUGGAGUUGGUUGAUGAUAGUAAGGAUGUGGAGGAGUUGAUGAGUCUACCACCAGAGAAGAUAUUACUGAGGUGGAUGAAUUUCCAACUGAAGAAAGCAGGAUAUAAAAAGAUAGUCACAAACUUCUCCUCUGAUGUCAAGGAUGCAGAGGCCUAUGCUCACCUCUUAAAUGUUCUGGCACCUGAGCACAGUAAUCCAUCUGCAUUGGCUGCAAAGAAUCCUUUGGAAAGAGCAAAGUUAGUUCUUGAACAUGCAGAUAGGAUGGGAUGCAAGAGAUACUUGACUGCAAAAGAUAUUGUUGAAGGAUCCCCAAACCUUAACCUUGCUUUUGUUGCACAUAUUUUCCAGCAUAGGAAUGGGCUCUCAACCCAAACAAAGCAGAUAUCGUUCCUUGAAAAUUUGGCAGAUGACACUCAAAUUUCCAGAGAAGAGAGGGCAUUUCGCUUCUGGAUGAAUAGUCUCGGAAAUUCGACAUAUAUCAAUAAUGUCUUUGAAGACCUCAGAAACGGGUGGGCACUUCUGGAGUCCCUGGACAAGAUUUCACCAGGCAUUGUCAAUUGGAAGAUUGCAAACAAGCCUCCAAUCAAAAUGCCAUUCAGAAAAGUAGAAAACUGCAAUCAGGUCGUAAAAAUCGGGAAACAAUUGAAGUUUUCUUUGGUAAAUAUUGCUGGAAAUGAUAUUGUGCAGGGGAAUAAAAAGUUAAUACUUGCUUAUUUGUGGCAAUUGAUGCGGUACAACAUCCUACAACUACUAAAGAACUUGAGAUUUCACUCUCAUGGGAAGGAAAUCACUGAUGCUGAUAUUCUGGAAUGGGCCAACACCAAAGUUAGUAGCACAAGAAGCAAUAGCCGCAUGAAUAGUUUUAAGGAUAAGAGUUUGUCAGAUGGCACUUUCUUCCUUGAAUUGCUGAGCGCUGUGCAGCCUAGAGUGGUAAAUUGGAGCCUUGUUACCAAAGGAGUAACUGAUGAUGAGAAAAAGAUGAAUGCCACCUACAUCAUCAGUAUUGCAAGGAAGCUGGGAUGUUCAAUAUUUUUGCUUCCUGAAGACAUAACUGAGGUGAAUCAAAAGAUGAUCCUUACGUUGACUGCAAGCAUAAUGUACUGGUUCUUGAAACAACCUGUUGAGGACAGACCAUCUGGGAUUUCAGAUAGUGAGGGUUCCAGCCAACUGGAGACAAUCUCCAAUUCCACAACUGAUGACUCUGCUUCUGAGUCAUCAAUGGAGGAGCAUGGAAAUUUAUAAACAUGCUAGGAUUGGGAAACUCUUACCAAGUUUCUAUUUUUAAGCUCAUGAGUUUUCUCUUCCCUUUAUUUUUAUUUUUUCUGUUAAAAUUGAUUGCAAAAUUGAUUGCAAUAAUCAAUAUAUGUAAUAGUAGGAAUUGAAGUGUUUUCUCAAACCAAAUUUUGUUCAGGCAGCAUAUGUGAAUAGCCUACCCAUUUGUAUUAUUUAAAUGACAUUUUG